AUGGCCGACCGACAGAUGGGCAACAUGGAGCUCUACGAGGGCAAGCUUCACGAUGCCUCUCUCGACGCCAAAGCCAAGGGCGCCGUUCUCACCGAAGUUCGCGACCAACUCGAUGCUUUCUGUCAACCGGCGACGUACGGCAGCUUCCUCAACAAGUUCAUCCCAAUUUUCUUGGGAAUACUGUCCGAUCCGCCCGUCUUCACCUCCACAUCACCCGAACAACGGAUGCGACAAUGCGUGCUCGAGAUCAUCCACCGACUGCCCAUGUCCGCGGACAGUGCGGCUAUGGAGCCUCAUGCGGAGAAGGUAGUCGAUCAAUGCUUGGGACUGGUCAAGAGCGAGAACGAAGACAAUGCUGUGCUAUGUCUGAAGAUUGUUAUGGACUUCUGCAGAUAUCACACAAAGAUCUCCGGGGUGGCUGAGAAAGCGCAAGCGUUUCUGGAUCUUAUUCUGGAAAUCUUCGACAGCAUGAACCAGACUGUGAAGGAUACGUUUGAGAGCAACACGCCCGUGAACGCAGUCGCUGGAGUGGCUCCUGGCACACCUGGUAAUUCUGGAACACCUGGAUCGCCAGUCGUAUCGGCGUCGCAGUCACUAGCCGCAGAUCCUGCCUCGGAACAACAGACCACGAGGCAGCUGGUCAAGGGCAUGCACAGCUUCAAGGUCGUAGCCGAGUGUCCGAUCAUCGUCGUCAGUAUCUUCCAGGCACACCGUGCUCUGGCCCCGAAGAAUGUUGGGAAGUUCACGCCUCGCAUCCGGAACACUCUGCUGCUCCAGGCCGGUCCCCAACAAAAAGCCCAUGAGGAGGCCCGAUCGAACAACACAAUCUUCGCGGGCAUUGCCAAAGAGAUCAAGGCGAAGGGUCAGAGUGCCGCCUUUGGGGAUCUGGUGACAGCUCAGGUCAAGACCAUGUCAUUCCUGGCCUACCUCCUGCGGGCGUAUGCACAAUCACUGCAGGAAUUCCUCCCGCAAUUGCCAGAGCUCACAGUGCGAUUGCUACGCGAUGUUCCGCGAAGCCAUACCGCGACGCGAAAGGAGUUGUUGGUGGCUAUUAGACACAUUAUCAACUUCAACUUCCGCAGCGUAUUCUUGGACACGAUUCUUCCCCUGCUCGAUGCACGCACUCUCGUGGGCGAUUCUCUCACAGCCGAUGUCACGUUACGGCCACUUGCAUACACCAUGCUCGCAGAUUUAAUACAUCAUGUUCGGGAAAACCUCAAGCCUGAGCAAAUCGCUCGGGUGGUGGAGGUCUACGUGGGUCAUCUCACAGGCGAUGACGGCGUAGAGGUCCCGGGGACUAGCUAUCAGACGAUGAGUGCCAAGCUCCUCCUCAAUAUGGCAGAGUGCAUGUCAAAGAUCGAAGACAAGAAGGAUGCGCGCUUCUUGAUGAUGCAAGUGCUCAACGGCAUAGCGGACAAGUUCGCGGCCAUGAACCGCGCGUACCCGAACGCGGUGAAAUUGUAUCGCCAGACCAAGGAGCACACAGGCUCGGAGCCAGCUCAUGAGCAAUACCUCGCCGAGAAGGAUGUGAGGCCUGACUGGGACGAGACCGACAUCUUCAGUGCUAUGCCCAUCAAGGCUGUUAACCCCAAGGACCGGGCUCUGGAUCCAGUGACGGAGAACAAAUUUCUGUUCAAGAACUUGUUGCAAGGCCUCAAACAAUUCUUCUACCAGAUGCGGAACAGCAAUCCGCCCAAGAUCAAGGAUGAGGUCGAUGCAAGCGUCGCUCCGCCUCACUGGGGGGAACUUGGAUCCGGAUUCGAGGCAGAAGAGGUUGAGGUGUUGAUUAAAUUAUUCCGCGAAGGUGCCAAGUGCUUCCAGUACUACGCGCCACUGGAUCAGAACGCAUCAGACAGUCCACCCACCGAGCCAAGCGCAAGUCUCUCUUCGACCGCAAAUUCCAAGGAGGAGAAAGACCUCUUGGAAACAUUCGCGACUAUCUUCCAUCACCUCGACCCUGCCACGUUCCAUGAGGUCUUCACAUCGGGGACGGCGUCAGGAAUAGAGUUCCUUUACGAGCAGAGCUUUGCACAUUCUGCUCUUCUGCACAUACCGCAGUUCUUGCUGGCUAGCGAAGCUACUAGUCCUGCUUUCUGCGGUAUGCUGUUGAAGUUCCUGAUGGGCAAGCUUGAAGAAGUGGGUGAGAAGGACGCCACGAAGACGUCAGUUCUACUCAGGCUGUUCAAAUUGUCGUUCAUGGCAGUGACGCUCUUCUCCCAACAUAACGAAGGCGUGCUUCUACCUCACGUCCGCGAACUCAUUACGAGAUCGAUCGAGCUUUCGGUGACUGCCGAAGAGCCUACGAAUUAUUUCCUUCUUCUACGAUCGCUGUUCCGCAGCAUAGGUGGUGGGCGGUUCGAGCAUCUGUACAAGGAGAUUCUUCCACUGCUAGAAAUGCUUCUCGAAGUGCUGAACAUCCAGCUAGCAGCAGCACCGGACGGCAGCACACGGGAUCUCUUCGUUGAGCUCUCGUUGACAGUACCGGCGCGACUAAGUCACUUGCUUCCUCAUCUUUCCUACCUAAUGCGACCGCUCACUGUAGCGCUGCGGGCUGGAGAUGUUACCUCUUCCCCAAGCCAUCGACCAUACUCGAACGACCGGGCUUCGCAUGACGCUCGAGGCCCUGGAUCAAGUGAACUUACAGCUCAAGGCUUAAGAACACUUGAACUUUGCGUUGACAAUCUCACUGCAGACUACCUGGAUCCAAUCAUGCAGCCAUGGAUGGAGGAGAUUAUGGGCAGCCUGUGGCGCAUGCUCAAGCCCGUCAGUAUCACCGGAGCAAACGUCAUGAUGAAUGGGAGCCAGAUAACUAUGGGCACUGGCCAUCAAGGAGCACACACUGCCGUGAGAAUCCUCGGAAAGCUUGGUGGGCGUAACAGACGCUUCCUUACCAGUCCCCCCGAUCUGGAAUGGCGAUCGUACGCGGAUGAUGAAGCUAGUUACGACGUCCGAUUUAUCGGUGCGGUCAGCAACGGUGGCGAGCGUGCUAUGCCGGCUCGGCUUGGUGUCGACACCGCCAUUGACAAGCUUAUGGAGACACCGAAGACUGCUGCGCAGAAGAAGUCGGAUGAGUUCCACAAGCGUCAAGCUUUCAAGUUCAUCACGUCUCACAUCAAGUUGCUAGUUGGCUCUGACAAUUUGCCCGAUGACUUGGCGCGCCUCGUGCGCUUGCAAGCAGAUGACCUCGCCUCGAAGAACUUCGACUUUGGCUCGGACUUGUUCUCGGCAUCCGAGCGCUCCAAGUCUGCUGCCAAAAGGGAUGCGCAGCAGCAAUCUUUAUUAAAGUUGCUGAAGGCUCUCUUCUUCUCCACUAGCAUUGAGCACCUGAAGGAGGAAGCCGAGCGGUUCUUGGAAGGUAUCUAUCGGCACUUCAUGCUCGUUGAACUUGGUGUUGGGGUUGCCAGAGAGAAGCACAUGAAGCGUCCUUUCAAUGUUGCCGCCGGAGAAGGUCCCGUCUUCAUCGACACGAGCACUUUGGCCGAUGCCAUCUGCGAGAGCUUGGCCUCGGAGCAGAAAGUCGUUCGCGAGACAGCGGAGAAAGCGAUGCUCUCGUGCUUCAAGAUCGCUACCACGAUCUUCGGGUCGGAACAAAAGGCGGAGUGCCUGUCGUUCUUCGCGAAACUUGCCGAGACGUGCAGUCACGCGUGCUACGAGGAGGAGUGGUUUACCAAGUCUUCUGGCUCACUUGGAAUUGGCGUACUGAUAAUGAAGGACAAGAUGUCUUUCUCAGAUACUUGGAUGACCGAACGCAUGUCGCAAAUGCUGAACGCUUUGCUGUAUGUCAUCAAAGACAUGCCUCAAGACCUACCUGCCAACAUUCGCGUUCAGGCCAAGGACACCAUCGUUGUGCUUGUCAGGCGUUUCGGCAGCAGCGGCAUUGCCAAGAAGGAAGAUCUGAGCAGUAGAGAGACCAAACUCCAUCGACUUGCCAGCCAGCUCAUCGCCGAGGUGAGCCAUAUGAACCGCCAUGUACGCGAGGCAGCGCAAGUAGCGUUGCGGACCUUGGCUGAAACGUUCGACAUGCCGCACUACGAACUGCUCUCGCCCGUAAAGGACAUCUUGACUGCACCCAUCUUCAUGAAGCCCCUUCGAGCUUUGCCGUUCUCUGCGCAGAUCGGAUACAUAGACGCGAUCAACUUCCUCUUGGACGUUCCUCCAGAGAAGGAAAUUCUCCCCUUCGACGACAACCUCAACCGACUGCUUUUCGAAACUCUCGCCCUUGUUGAUGCGGAGGAUGAGAGCCUCGCGCCUAAGCCUUUCGAGUUCCGUGUAGCUGAGUCGAUCGUGCGACUUCGUGUCUCCGGGCUCAAGCUUCUCACCACAGCGAUCAAGCUUCCCGGAUUCAGUCCCAAUCAGGCGACAGGACAGCCAGGUCAGGGACAGCAACAGAGUACACAGCACCGGGCGCGAGUGAUUGGAAUCUUCUUCAAGUCCCUUUACAGCAAGAACAAGGAGGUGGCCAGCGCCGCCAACGCUGGACUAAAGAUUGUAUUGCAGUCAACUUCGAAGUUGCCCAAGGACUUGCUCCAGAACGGGCUGAGGCCAAUACUCAUGAAUGUACAGGAUCCUCGCAAGCUUUCGGUUGAAGGCUUGGAAGGUUUGAGAACGCUGCUCCAGCUACUGCACAACUACUUCAAAGUGGAAAUUGGCACGCGCCUGCUAGAUCACAUGAAGGUGAUUGCGGACUCGCCAACACUGCAAAAAGUCAGUUUCCAGCUGGUGGAGACGAAUCCGAAAAUGAGGAUAGUCACGGCGAUUUUCAGCGUGUUCCAUUUACUGCCCAGCCAGGCGGCGCAGUUCUUGCAGGAUCUCGUGGAUCGUGUGUUGUCGCUUGAGGAGUCUUUGCGGCGAACACGCAGCAGCCCCUUCCGAGAGCCUUUGAUCAAGUAUCUGAAUCACUACCCGAACGAGUCAUGGACUUACUUCAGCGAGAGAUUGAAGGAUGAGUCUCGAGGGCGUUUCUUUGCCCAAGUGCUGGAAGACGCUGAGAGCGGUCCGUUGAGGGAGAAGGUCAUCAAGGAGAUAGAUGCUCUUCUCAAUACUUUCACAGGAAAUGCUAGCGAGGCUGACAAAGCUCAGGCCGCGGUCAAUGCAAUUCACGCCGCCGAUGCCAUCUGCCGAUUCCCGGAGUCUGGCAAAGAACUCAUGGGCAACGAGAAGGCUCGCAAAGCACUGCUAGACGCAGCGAGGUCAUUGCAGACGCAGCUGCAGCAAGGGACACUGCCCAAGAAUCUCCGUCUCGCCGUUGCUCAGAGCUCGGAGAAGAUUAUGCGGAUCAUGACCUUCUAUCUACUAGAGCAGCCAAAGGACCUGGACACGCUUUUUGAGAUCUUCGAAGCGUGCACGAAGAACGAGCUUCAGCCUUGCCCGUCGCUCUUCACAUAUCUGUACAAGAAUGUGAUCACCAAUGAUUCGAUCGAGUAUCAGCGAUCCGUCAUGCACCGCUGCAUCGAGAUCUACACCUCCAAGGACACGACGCAGAAGUUCAAGUGGUUCGUGUUCCACAAUGUGUCCAAUCCAAUCCUCGCGAACGAUGCGAUGCGUAACUGGGACUCGCUCUUCCAAUCGAAUCACAAAGGCACUGCUCUGCUGGACAAGGCCAUGACUGAGGAAAUUCACAACAAGCUCUGGAAGCCACAAUCGGUCGCCGAUAUCUCAGAGGAAAGCACACAAGGUGUCGAUCACAGCAGAAUGGAGCUCCUGCAGACUUCUGCGUUCUUGAUCAAGUACCACCACAGUAUGCUCCAGGAUGCUAGGAAGGACCUGAUCAAAUUUGGCUGGAACUACAUCCGACUGGAGGAUCACAUCAACAAGUACGCGGCAUACUGCUUGAUCGCUUACUUCAUCCACCAUUACGAGACACCUCCGAAGAUCGCCAUGCAGGUGUAUAACUCCCUUUUGCGUGCGCAUCAGACCGAGGGCAGAAAUCUCGUGAUGCAAUCUCUCGAGAUCCUGGAACCAGUGCUUAAGAAGCGCCUCGGCGGGUCAGAGGGACCGGGUCGGCAGAGUGUGUGGGCUAGACUCCCGCGCAAGAUUCUGAGCGAAGAGGUCAGCAAUGCGCAGCAGCUGACCAGUAUCUAUCAGUUCGUGGUCCGCCACCCGGACCUCUUCUACGACGCCAGAGACUCCUUUGCCCAGAUCAUCAUUCCCUCGAUCGGCAAGGUAGCCGCGCUUCCGAGCGCCAGCGCCGAGGCCAGGAAGCUCGCGCUGAAUCUCUUUUCACUGAUCUGGCAAUGGGAGGAGCGGACCGUGAGAGAGCAGGGCUCGCUCGCGGGAGACGGCACGCCAAGUGGCAAGAAGGGUGCUGUUGCUAGCCAACAGCUGCGGCUGAUGUUUAUCAAGUAUAUGAUCCAGUUCAUUGCCACGCUAUCGGAGCGAUGCCCGGUCGGGCAACCACGAAACAAGGAGAACGGCCAUGCCUCGACCUAUCAACCGCAGCAGCACGAGACUAUCACCAAGUCUCUUGAUCUCCUCUCGAAGCUACUCUCACGACCUUACUGGGAUGAUCUUGACAUUGAUACCAUGUUCCCAAAGGUCACGCAACAGAUCUUGUGCGCCGACCACAAGCAGGACGAGAAGGUUGAGAUUUGGACCACACGCGUUGUCAACACGAUUCAAAUUCUCAAAGUUCUGUUCGACGCGAGGGAUGAUGAAUGGGUCAUUGCUCGUCUGCCGGAACUUCAGAAGCUACUUGGCAAGCCUUUGCGCAGCGAGAACCCGGACAUCCAAGAUGCUCUGCAUAAUUCCGAACUCGCGGACAAUGUGAUUCCCAAGCUUACACCGCUCAUCCAGAGGGCAUUGCAGCCCAUCCCAGUACGCCAACCCGACGAGGAGCUCCCGGACGCUGACAGCCCGGCCGAUGAGUUUGUGUCGUACCUAUCUACCACUGCUGGCGAGCUUCUCAGCAACGGGAAUAACGUCGCGGGAGUGAAUCUGCUCUAUGUGAUGGCUCAACGCAAGCCUGAAGAUGUUGACACACAUAGUGCUGCUUUGUUGAAGGCGUUUCAGACAAAGAUUGCCAAAGAUCAUCUUGCCUCGCUUCUUCCACAGCAGGCUGCUCAAGCGCAAGGCCAAACUCAGCAGUCUCCAGCAGAAGCCGAGUUGACAAACAAGAUGAUUCCAAAGGUCAUUGACAUGCUGUCCGCUCGUAUCAGCACGCUGGGCGAAUCACGUCGCCCGUAUCUCAGCGUGCUGGCAUCUCUUGUAGAGCGGUCUUCGAACAUCGCCAUCUGCGAAAAGAUUCUCAGCCAGGUCGAGAGCUGGGUCUUUCACCCCACUGAGCCGGUGCCCACUCUCAAGGAGAAGACGGCGGUCCUGCAGAAGAUGCAGCUCUUCGAGACGCGUCCGGACCCUGCGCUGUACAUGAGAUUCAUGGAUCUCAUCAUCCGGCUCUAUGAGGAUCCCAAGAUCACCAGAUCCGAGUUGGCUGUACGCAUGGAGCAAGCAUUCUUGAUCGGCCUUCGCAUGCAAGACGUCGAUAUGCGCUCGAGGUUCAUGUCCAUCUAUGACAAGGCCCUCAGUCGCUCCACGAGCAACCGCUUCUUUAAGCUUAUUAGCGAGCAACAGUGGGAUAUGUUGGGCGAUUCCUUCUGGUUGAGCCAGGUCAUCCAAUUGAUGUUUGGCUCUCUCGACCAGAACUCCCUGUUGCAUCUUCACCCAGAAGACUUCAGGUGCUUGUCUGCUUCGAGGGUCUUCAGUACCUAUAGCAGCGAUGCUCGGCUGGGAGACGUGAUGGUUGAUGAUAGCUUGGAGCAAAUGCUGGUCCAAGAAAGGCAAUUCAUGAACGAACUCAACGUUGUUCGUGCUCGAGAGAUUCUUGGACCCUUGGCCGAUAUUCAGCACACCGACUGGCAACUUGCUCACGAUGUAUGGGUGGCCUACUUCCCAAUGGUGUGGUCGACACUUACGAAGGAGGACCGUGAGGACAUUGAGCAAGGCUUGAUCGCCCUUCUGACCAAGGACUACCAUCAGAAGCAGAUUGACAGGAGACCCAAUUGCGUGGCAACACUUCUGGAAGGAAUUGCGCGCGCGAAGCCUCGACUGAAGUUUCCGCCACAUGUGAUGAAGUAUCUGGCCAAGUCUUACGACGCUUGGUAUGUUGCGGCGCAGUAUAUGGAAGACCUUGCCAUGAAGCCGAUGGUCGACACGGCUGCGGUCCGAGAGAGCAACCUUGACGCACUUGUCGAGACGUACGCCGGACUCGAAGAAAGCGACCUUUUCUACGGGACUUGGCGCCGCCGAGCAGCAUACGUCGAGACGAACGCUGCACUGUCGUAUGAGCAGAAUGGCAUCUGGGACAAGGCGCAGAGCAUGUACGAGCAGGCGCAAAUCAAAGCUCGCACGGGAGUGCUCCCUUACUCUCAGGGAGAGUACAUGCUGUGGGAAGACCAGUGGGUUCUGUGCGCGCAGAAGCUUCAGCAAUGGGACAUCCUCGGCGACUUCGCCAAGCACGAGAACAUCAACGACCUCUACCUGGAGGCAAUGUGGCGCAACUUUGAGACUUGGCAGAAUACCGAUAACCGCGAACACCUGGAGCAAGUCAUCAAGGCCGUGUCGGAUGCGCCUACACCACGCAGGAUGUUCUUCCAGGCUUUCAUAUCUCUCCUCAAGCUGCACAACAAGAGCGAGAGUCAGCAGGACUUCUCGCGCGUCUGUGAUGAGAACAUCCAAGUCUCGAUCAAGAACUGGCACAAGUUACCGCGGCGCAUUACGAACGCACACAUUGGACUGCUGCAGAAUUUCCAGCAGCUGGUGGAGCUCCACGACGCAAGUGUCAUCUGUCAGAGCCUCGCUCAGACGAACGCCUCUAACCUGGAUGUCAAGAGUCAAGAGCUCAAGGUCCUUCUCAGCACGUGGCGAGACCGGCUGCCGAACUUGUGGGACGAUAUCAACGCCUGGCAGGAUCUUGUCACUUGGCGUCAGCACAUUUUCCAGCUCAUCAAUGGAACAUAUCUUAACCUCCUGCCAAACAAUGGGGCCAACGCCACGGGUAAUUCAUACGCUUACCGAGGCUAUCACGAGACGGCUUGGAUUAUCAAUCGGUUUGCUCAUGUUGCUCGAAAGCACCAGAUGCCGGAGGUCUGCAUUACACAGCUGAGCAAGAUCUAUACCCUGCCCAACAUUGAGAUUCAAGAGGCAUUUUUGAAGCUACGCGAGCAGGCCAAAUGCCAUUACCAGAACCGCAGCGAGCUCACCAACGGACUUGAUGUCAUUAAUAACACCAAUCUCAACUACUUUGGUCCUCAGCAAAAGGCGGAAUUCUACACAUUGAAGGGCAUGUUCCUUAGCAAAUUGAACCAGAAGGAAGAGGCCUCUGAUGCUUUUGGUACAGCGUUGUUCUUUGACAUCAAGCUCCCGAAGGCGUGGGCUGAGUGGGGUCGGUACAGCGACAAGCUGUUCAAGGAAGAGCCUGGUCAGCUGGAUCUGGGAUCGAACGCGUUGAGCUGCUAUCUCGAGGCCGCUGGGCAAUAUCGAAGCGCCAAGUCUCGGAAAUUGCUCAGCCGCAUCCUCUGGCUGCUGAGCUUGGACGACGCUUCCGGCCAGAUAUCUCAGAAGUUCUACGACUACCAUGGCGAUCAUCCAUGGUGGUACUGGGUGACUUUCAUUCCGCAGCUGCUCAACAACCUCUCCAGAACUGAGCAUGAAGCCAGCAUUGCGCACCAGAUCCUCACCAACUUGGCCAAGACUUACCCGCAGGCGCUUCACUUUCAGCUCAGGACUUCACACGAGGAUAUGCAGGUCAUUCGGAAGUCGCAGAUGAUGCGAGAGCAGAAGGAGAAGGCCGCCAAGGCGAAGCAGCAGGCAGGGGACGCCACUAAGCAGGAGUCUCCCGCUCGACCUGAUAGCUCCACACCAGGAGUACAGUCGAGACCAGGGACGGCAGCUGGCGAGCAGAGCCAGUCCAAUGGGGCUACUUCGGAUGAUGCGAAGAAGGAAGGUCAAGAGGAGAAGAAAGAAGAAGAUCAGCCAAAGCCGAAGAAGCCGUGGGAGCACACCGAAGCCCUGGUGGUCACCUUGCGCACAGCCUUCCCGCUGCUGUACGCGUCGAUGGAGGCCAUGGUGGAGCAAAUCCAGCGCCAUUUCAAGUGCCCGCCAGACGAGGAUGCCUACCGUCUGAUUGUCGCACUUCUCAACGACGCUUUGUCUUACGUGGGCAGAUCGCCAAAUGCGUUCGCGGCCGAGACCAAACUUCCACCCCAGACUGAGGCCAAUAUCACACGUUUCGCGGAGUCGAUUCUGCCUCCACAUAUCAGGAAGAACUUCGAAGCGGACUUUGUGAGCAAGAAGCCGGCAAUGAUGGAGUACAUCCAGAAACUCCGGAAGUGGCGUGACAAGCUGGCUGAGAAGUUGGACCGUCGGCCGUCAACGUUCCACCUGGCCGAGACGACCCACCUCAGUGGCUUCCGAUUUGUUUGGUUCGACGAAGUUGAGAUUCCAGGACAAUACCUGCAACACAAGGAUAAGAACCAGGACUUUGUUCGGAUUGAGCGAUUCUUGCCCGUCGUCGAUUUGGUGCGUGGGGUUACCAGCUGCCAUCGCAGACUCAAGAUCCGUGGACAUGAUGGGAGCAUUCAUCGCUUCAGCAUCCAGCACCCUGCACCGCGUCACAGCCGUCGUGAAGAGAGGAUCUUGCAACUUUUCCGGAUCUUCAACAGCACUCUUGCCAAGAAGAAGGAGAGUAGACGACGCAAUCUACAGUUCCACUUACCCGUCAUGGUCCCACUCUCUCCUCAAAUCCGGAUGAUCCAGGACGACCCUUCGUACGUAUCGCUUCAAGCGGUCUAUGAAGACUUCUGCAGGCGCAAUGAGACGGACAAAGACGCCCCGGUCAUGUACACGAUGGAGAAGAUGCGCUCGAUCUCGUACACUCAGAAGCAGGAGCAGUGGAUCAACAUGCGCCUGGAGUCUCUGAACUCGGUCCAGGAGCAAUUCGUGCCCAAAGAUCUCGUGCGCCAAUAUUUCGCCGCCACUUACCCAUCUUACGACUCUUUCUGGCUGUUCCGCCGGCAAUUCUCAUACCAGCUAGCUGCGCUCACGUACAUCACGUUUACCAUGUUCAUGACGACGCGGUAUCCCAAUAAGAUGCAUAUCUCCAAGGCGACCGGCAAUAUCUGGGGCUCUGAGCUGCUGCCGUUUAUGUUGGGUAACCGCCCGAUUUUCCACCAUCCAGAGACCGUGCCGUUUCGACUCACGCCCAAUCUUCAGACACUCAUGGGUCCAAUACACACGGAGGGCAUCUUCACAUGCGCUUUGAUGGCGAUUGCUCGUUGCUUGACAUCGGAUAGCACCUCAUCCACACCACCUGCAGCUGCUGCUAAUGGUCAAGGCUCUGCUGCUCAAGCCAAUGGAGCACAAGAGAACAGCAACUCGGAGCUGGAGCAUCACCUGUCCAUCUUCAUUCGAGACGAGAUUCAGUUCUGGUAUAUGAGCUCGCACCGUACGAACAUCAAGGAUAGCGAGAUGCGGGAGCAUGUGCAGCGCAAUGCGGAAGCGAUUGUCAACAAGGCGGUCGCUAUCGCCAAGGAGCCACCCGGAAACAAUGUGCCGGCCAGUCAGAGCGUGCUGGACCUGGUCGCGCGGGCCACGAAUCCGGAGAAGUUGUGCCAGACGGAUUUGUUGUGGAUGCCGUGGCUGUAA